GGAAACAAUUUGAGGCAAAAUGAAUUGUUUUGGUUUUUUCUUCUCAUAACAAUCAUGUUUAACUGUUGAUUUUCUCUGUAAUUGUUAAUUGUUUCAUCGUUUAUUUGGUUAAUCAUGUCCUGGUAUCGAGGGCCAUCUUUGUACAGUCAAAAGAUGCGUCGACUUGGGUCUAAAAUAUUCAAUGAAUAUCGUGCACCUCCGAUGCCUAAGGAAGUUGCUACUUCCUCUGAUCUUGCUGUUAAAAAAGAUUUUAAAUACACAAUUAUUAGUUGCAGAAAUGUUAUCGAAAGACAAUCAAGAGAACCUCAUGAUUUAAAUUCUGCUUGGAAUCCAAAUUGGUAUCCGGCUCAUCCUCAGAUACGAGAGCUCACCCAUACCUUGAGACAAUAUGGACUAUUCAGAGAUGAACAUCGUGAUUUUAUUGAAGAGAUGAAACGUUUACGUAUAAUAAGAGGAAAAGUCUACCGACAGAAAGGAAGCAAAGGAGGUAAAAAGGCUCGAAUUCGAGAAUUGGACAAAUAAAACGACCAAAUUGUGUAGUCAAUUUAUAUUAUUCUAAAUCGUAAAUAGUAAAACCCUAAUAAAGAAAAAAGAAUCAGUGGUAAAAAUUAA